AACAUGGCGGCGCUCCGAGGAGGGUACGGCGAUUGGAAAUACGACCGUUUUUAAACCGAGAAAAAUCCAACCUCCCUCUUCGCAUGCUACGAUGUGGUGGGGUUAGCCGGAGCCACCGCACACGUAGCCCUUUUCCACGACGAUGCUCGCAGAGGCCAGUCUGUCCAUCUGGGGAUGGGGGGGUCUUGGAGUCGUGCUGUUCCUCGUCACCUUUGGACCCUUUGCCAUAUUCUACCUGGCCUUUUAUAUCUUCUGCUUCAUUGGAGGGGGCUUUGCGGUCACUCUGCUCUAUGGAAAAAUCAACUCAGAGAAACACCUGGAAAAGUGCGAGCAGUCCUACUUGCCACCCACACAAAUUGGUAUACUGAAGACAUUGGAUGAAAUGAAGCUGGAGCUGAAGCCCAUAAAAAUUGACAGGAGACUGACUGGAUCCAGUUUCAUUGAUGAACCACUACAACAGGUGAUCCAGUUUGCUCUGAGAGAUUACAUCCAGUACUGGUACUACACUCUGAGCGAGGAUGAGUCCUUCUUAUUGGAGAUCAGACAGACGCUGCAGAAUGCCCUUGUCCAGUUCUCUACACGGUCCAAAGAGGUGGACUGGCAGCCUUACUUCACCACUCGCCUGGUGGACGAUUUUGCCACCCAUUUACGUGUCUUCAGAAAAGCCCAGGAUCGCCUCGCUGAGAGAGAGGACAAGCAAAGGGACAUAACAGAGGAGCUGGUGGACUCCUUCUUUGAGGCCGAGGUGGAGAUGGAAAGGAAGAUUUGUCGAGACGUAGUUUGCACUUCACACAAAGAUGAAGAAGGUUUUCUUCGAGACUUGUGUGAGUUGCUUCUGUAUCUGUUACUACCUCCUGGAGAUUUCCACAACAAGAACAUGAGAUACUUCCUAAGGGAGGUGCUGGCGCGUGGUGUGCUACUUCCUCUGAUCAACCAGCUUAGCGACCCAGACUACAUCAACCAGUUUGUCAUCUGGAUGAUCCGGGACUCCAGCUGUAACUAUGAAGCCUUCAUGAACAUCCUGAAGCUCACAGACAAUCCCACUGAGCUGGAGGCCGUCAAGGACAAGGUGCUGGAGGAGCUGCAGUACCUCCGCUCUCUGGACACUGCCGGAGAUGACAUCAAUGUGAUCAAGAACCAGAUUAACAGUCUUCUGUUUGUGAAGAAGGUGUGUGAGACUAGGAUCCAGAGACUACACUCUGGCAAGGAGGUGGAUGCCUUGAAGCUGGCAGCCAACUUUGGCAAGCUGUGUGUUAUCCCACUGGAUCACAUCCUCAUCCACAACAUCGCCCUGCAGUUCUUCAUGGACUUCAUGCAGGCAGCGGGGGCCCAGGCAGAGCUGUUCUUCUGGCUCACUGUGGAGGGUUACAGGGUGACUGCGCAGCAGCAGCUGGAGGUCAUGCAGGGCUUGCAGGCGGAUGGCAAGAAGCAGCCCAGCGCCACCAAGGGGCUGCUGAAGGCCGCUGCACUGGGCGUCUACGAACAAUACCUCUCAGACAAGGCGUCUCCCAGGGUGCAGGUGGACGAAGCAUCCGUAACAACACUAGGAGAGAAGCUACAGAAAGACGACCCCACGCCAGAGAUAUUUGAUGAAAUCCAGAGAAAUGUGUACGAGAUGAUGCUACGUGACGAGCGCUACUACCCCUCCUUCAAGCAGAGUCCCCUCUAUGUCCGCAUGCUAGCAGAGUUAGACAUGUUGAAAGAGCCGAGCUACCGGGGGUCUGAUGACGGCGACGUCGAAUCCUUCAACGGCUCUCCCACAGGAAGCAUAAAUCUAUCUUUGGACGACUUGUCCAACUCCUGCCAUGAUGAAUCUAUGCACCUACAUGCCUUCAUCUCUGACACAGGGGUGUGCAACGACCACGGUAAGACCUACGCGCUGUACGCCAUCACCGUGUUCAGACGCAGCCAUGACGGCAGUGAGGACUGCUGGAAGACCUAUCGCCGCUACUCUGACUUCCACGACUUCCAUAUGAGGAUCACUGAACAGUUUGAGAACCUGGUGUCGAUCCUCAAGCUGCCAGGGAAGAAGACCUUCAACAACAUGGACAGAGAAUUCUUGGAGAAGAGAAAAAAAGACCUCAAUGCUUACCUACAGUUGCUGCUGAACUCCGAGAUGGUGAAGGCCUGUCCAACGCUGAUUCCUUAUGUAUAUGACUUCCUAGAGAACAAGGCCUACAGCAAGGGCAAGGGAGAGUUUGCACGCAAGAUAGACACAUUUGUAAAUCCUCUGAAGAGCUCCAUGAGAAACGUGUCCAACGUGGUGAAGGCCUUGCCAGACAGUCUGGCUGAAGGCAUGACCAAGGUCUCUGAUAACAUGGGCCGCAUGUCAGAAAGACUGGGUCAGGACAUCAAACAGUCUAUACUCAAGGUGCCUCCGCUCCUCCCCAAGUCUGACAUCGACCCUGAACACUGUCGGGUCUCUGCUCAGCUUGAUGACAACGUGGAUGAUAACAUCCCGCUGAGGGUAAUGCUGCUGCUGAUGGACGAAGUGUUUGACCUCAAGGAGAAAAACCAGUGGCUGCGCAGGAACAUUAAGAACCUGCUGCAGCAGCUCAUCCGAGCCACGUAUGGAGACACCAUCAACAGGAAAAUUGUGGAACAUGUGGACUACAUGACCUCUCCUGAGCAGGUUGCAGACUAUGUCAAGAAGUUCAGAGAUUCCUACUGGCCCAACGGUAUUCUGGCUGAGACGCCGCCCCGUCGGGACAAGAGCAUCCGCAUGAGGACACGAAUAGCUGCCAAGACUAGUCUGCUGGGCAUCAUGCCAGACGAGCUGAAGCACAUCAUCGGAGCGGACACCACGAGAAAAGGGAUUCUCCGUGUCUUCGACAUGUUUCAGUACCAACCCAUGAACCGCCGGCUAGUCUACGUUUUCCUGGAGGGCUUCUUGGAGACGAUGUUCCCCCAGUACAAAUUCCCCGAGCUCUUUGUCAAGCUGCACUCCCGCUCGCCACGCAUCCACAGAUAUGGCCAGAAACAUAAAUCCUCUUCCCUCAAGAGGUGACAGGAGAGGACAGAGGCAACGGGACAUGGGCCGACUAGACACACACAGACUUGAGAGCUAAGAGUGAGAGUGUGGAGGGGGGAUCCAUGUGAACGUUGAGGUAUGUGUGUGAUUUCUGCCCGUCCACUUCCCUCACACACUCUUUGAAGUGAAAACACUCCAAUUAUCCAGCUGAUUAUUUCUGUCAAGACAGAACUGAAGGAUGAAGAACACACACUCUGCCCUCCUCUCACUCUGUGACACACACACAUGCGCAAACACAAAUCCUGUAAUUUGCACCAAGACUGGACAUGGCAGUCCUUUCUUUUAGUUUCGAUAUUUUCCUCCUCCUUUUUGGACUUUUUAGUUGUGUUUAGCUUUAUCCUGGGCCAGUCAAUGCUGCUUUCUCCUGGUCCAGAGAGCAGACCACAAAUACUGUAUUGUUUUUAAACUGCAGGAGUAGAUAGCAUAGACCCACACCUUGCCUUACCUUCCCGCUUCUGUCUUCUGGCCGGUUUCCCUCUACCAUCUCAGUGACCUGGUCGCUCAGCUGUAGUCAAACUAACCCUCAUGGUGUAGAUAUUUUUAUCUGCAAAAAGCUGCACACUUUUUUUUGUUCAUAGCUACCAAAUAUGUCACUAACACUGGGUUAGGAAAGGCGCUGUUUUUAAAAUGUGACUGAACAAAUAUGGGUUGAAAGAGGUGAUUUAGAUUUUUAUUGUCUGCAUCUGUUCCAGUCUCAAAUUCUUUUUUUUUUUUUAUUUACCACCCAUAAUCCUCAAAGAAUAGAUCCACAUCCCCUUUAAUGCUACUGUCAUAACCUGUGACAACCAAAGCUCAUGCUGUUCCACACGUGUGUGUGCACUGGUUUGGUGUUGGGAUACUCUGAACAUUAUUGUGCUUCAUAUCCUUAAUCAUGUGAGGAAAGAGAAUGGGGAAAAGUUUAACUUUAUCUGCCUAAAAGGUGAAGCUGUGAGGACACACAGCCGCGGGAGGAUCGGCUCUGGCUGUCAAAGCGCACUAUCAAAGAAUGUACCCUCUGGUCUAGUGUGUUCGGCUCAUGUAGAAUUGUGUGUGAAUGGUUGUGUGUGAGUGUGUGUUUAGCACAAAGAUGCAGUCUUCUUCAGUCAGGAACUGUGCCAGUGUGAGUUAGUGAACCAGCCUUAAAAGUAAACAUAACAGUACAUGCUGACCAGGAGACGCACGCUAGAGGUAGCUCCCCUUCACUCGACUGAACGUUACAAGGAAAUCAAGAUAGAGAGACGGGAGAUAUAUCAACUUUUAUUCAGAGAAAAUGUCUUUAAUUUUGUGCAAUAUUUGUUUUUCUUUAAUGCAUGUGCAUUUUGAAUCAUUGUAUACUUAAAAAAAAGUAAUUCAUAUUAUUUUAAUAGUAGAAAACAUGAAAGAAGCUUCCCCAGAAAUGUCUUCUUCUCCCAACAACUUAACAUUCCGUUGUUGUAAAAGUACAAUGUUCAUUUUACAGACUUGUUUUAUAAGUCUGAGGUUUUUUUUGUUUUGUUUUUGGUGUUUUGGGGGGUAUAUUACACUUAUCCCUCGCCCGGUCGUACAUGAUCUUGUGUUUUGGGCAUCAAUUGGGCAGCGGCAGGAGGUUUUCUGUGUAGCAGCCUGGUGAUUAGCUCAUUGGGCUAUAGCGAGUUCAGAGGCGCCUCAAACAACGGCUUAUUUUUAACUCAUAGGUGGCGUUUUAUGCAUUCAGGCCUGUUCUGUUGAGUGUGAACAGAUCUUUGUUGUUAUUAACUACAGCUGGAGGGACCCAUGUCCUGUAAUGAGCACUUACCGUAGCAACUGUGGGAGGAACCGUUGGCUGGACGGAGCCCCAUUCUGCUGCAGACGUGGAUGGAUCUCCCUCGUGUGCUUAGAUUUGCUGCACUGAGCAGCCGCGGUGGACUCCGAUUGGCUGAGUGGAAGGACAUGAACUGGAGCCUCGCUUACUGGGAGGUGAAUAUUUUGUUCCCACGGUGGAGGAGGUGUCACUUCUAAUUUUCUGCACAUCUCUCCAUACAGGAAGGCUUGUCUCUUUUUUUUUUUAACCCCAGUAUUUAUGAAUCUAUGAUUAUGAAAAUUUGUGCAUAUCUGUGUACAGUAUGUGUUAAUAGUGUGCCUAAAUGUACUGUCAACUCUAUUUUCAUAUUUUUCUUUAACCUAAAAAAAAAAAUCAAUCAGAAUGUCAUGAUCAUUUUACGCAACUGAAAAUGACUUUAGGGUGUUUUUUUGCAUCAUGCUUAUCAAACUCUUCCUUGUGAGCUGUUGUGCUCAGAUCAGUAUAACACUAAUAAAUAAAAGGUAACUCAAACUAACGGACCCUCAAAGCUACACUGUCGUAGUACGUUUGUUUGCUGCAUUUGUGAUUUGUCUAGAUGUGCAGGUUGUGUAGACGCUCAGCUUCAUCAAACACUACUGAUGUGGCUGAAAUUUCCGUAGCAGCUAAAAAAAAGGCCUCAUAUUAUACAGAUCACUAACUAGCAUAAGAUAAUCUCCUUGCUGUCAAUUUCAGAUGUUUUCCUUUUUUAUCUUCUAAGAAAAGGUCUCUUUUCUACUAAUGACUGAUAUAUUUUUGUGGAGCAAAACGAGAGGCUGUCAGUUUGAAGCUCUGAGUAGAAACAGAGAAUUACUUAUUAAAUACUUAAAGACAACGCUAAGCAAAUGUCUUAACUUACACUUAACAUUCCCCUUAAUUUUGUAGUUAUUUUAUAGCUUUGUUUAGCAUGCUUAAAAUUCCAAUAACUCAAAAAUAAAACAUUUAAAAUGGUUAAAUAUAUUUUUUUAUUGUCAGUUACUCAGUCCUGAUUAUGAUUCCAAAAGUAAGUUUUUGCUUAUUGGUAUGGAUGCAAUGGUUUCUGUAUUAAACUGUAAGAGAUAACUAUUAAAAAUGUGUUUUUAUGGAAAACGUUUCAAUGAUGACAGAGAUAUAAAAUUGCCUUUUUGAUUAAAUACAUGAUCUUUAAUUCAACCAAUCGAUAGCUUCCAAUACUGUAGGAUCAUUGGUCAACCCCAAACACUGUACACACUUCUUUAACUGUCAUAUUGUCCAUGAACAUCUGGGAAACAUCUCAGCAGUCCAUGUUGGAGCCUGUUUGAAAGGUCAUUCAUGCUCUCGUGAGUUUCUAAACAGCCUUCACG